AUGAAGUUCGGCAAGCAGCUCGAGAUCUCGGCCAACCCGGAAUGGCGCGACAACUACGUGCAGUACAAGCGCCUCAAACGACUCAUUAAGCGUGUGGCCUUCGAGGUGGAGAAGAAGCAGAACAAGCAGAAGAAGCUGCAGCAGAAGAUGGAGCACAACGCCGGAGACGUACAGCUCCAGGUGACUGUGGACGAGACCCAUCCGCUGCUCAAGCCCGUGGUGAACGAUGUGCAGGACGCCAAGGAUCAGUUUUGGGAGGUGCUGGAUGCCAACCUGAAGAUCGUCAACGACUUUUACGUGGGCAAAGUAGUCAAACUCACCAGGUCUGUGGGCGAGUUCGAGACCAUGCUGGAGGACGAGAAGACACCCACAGGCCACGUGCACACGCGCUCACGUACCCACUCGCAAGCGGAUCACGGGUUUGCGGCGCUGCAGGAAAUCUACGACACGCUGGUGGAUCUGCGCAUGUUCGUGCAGAUCAACCACUCGGGCUUCCGUAAGAUCGUCAAGAAGUUUGACAAGACGAUCAAGGCUCACACGCAGGAAGCUUUCAUGGAGCGACUGGCCAACGAGCGCUUCUACGCGUCUACUGAUAUCGAUGAUCUGUUGGAGCGCGUGUUUGGUCUCACGUCCAGGGAUAAACUGGAGGCAGGAAACAUGGAGCGACGUAUGCGACGAAUGCAGGGGGACCAGAACUCACUGCUUCGUAAGGUGAAAAUCGUCCCCUUUUGCAUCUCGGUGGCGCUUUUUGUUUUCCUCCUGCUUGUUCGCAUCACGCCAAAAGGAGAGGAUGUACAACAGCGAUGCCUGGCCAUGCUCGUUUUUAUCACAACUCUGUGGGUGACGGAGGCCCUCCCGUACUUCGCCACAGCGCUUCUUGUCCCCCCGCUUGUUGUGUUUCUACACAUCUUGAACGACAAGGCCCACCCGGACCAUCUGCUCACUGCAAAGCAAUCCGCCAAGGAAGUGAUGUCCAUGUUGGUCAACCACACCACUAUCCUUAUCAUGGGCGGUUAUUCCAUCUCGGCUGCGUUCUCUAAAUGCCAGAUCGAGCUCUACAUCGCUGCGUUCCUGCAACGUCGAUUCAAGAAGAGUCCGAACCUGUUCCUGCUGGCAAUUAUGAUGAUGGGACUGUUCCUGUCAAUGUGGAUCAGUAACCACACAGCUCCUGUGCUGUGUGUGUCGGUGCUGCUUCCUAUCAUCAGGGAUUUCCCCAAGGACAGCACCUACGUGAAGACACUGCUUAUUGGUCUGGCCUUUGCCUGCAACCUUGGAGGGAUGAUGACGCCAAUCUCCUCACUACAAAACACGCUUGCAGUGUCGUUCUUGGAGAAGGCUGGAUACACCGUCACCUUUGGCCAGUGGAUGGCGAUGGCUAUUCCGUUUUGCACUGUCGGCACGAUUAUGUGUUGGGCGUUCUUGCUGUGGGUAAUGGACCCUCGCGAUGCGACGUACAUCCCACAGAUUGUCUAUGACCAGAAACAAAAGAUCAGCAGCCUGCACGUCGUUGUCGUUUCCAUGACGCUUCUGACCAUCUUCUUGUGGGCGUCAUUCUCGGUGACGAGCGCGACAUUCGGAGACUUGGGUAUCAUCUCGAUGAUGUUCAUGUUCAUCAUGUUUGGCACGGGCAUGCUCAGCCAAUUCGACUUCAACUCGUUCUCGUGGCAUAUCUUGUUCCUGAUCGGCGGUGGCAACGUCUUGGGAGAUGCUGUGCAACGAUCAGGCCUACUGGACACUCUCAGUCAGACGGUCAUCCAUGCACUCCCCUCUGGAAACGUUUGGAUGGUCACUGUCUCGCUGUGCAGUAUGGUGAUUUGCCUGACUACUUUCGUCUCGCACACGGUCGCGUCCAUCAUUCUCUUGCCAAUUAUCGUGCAAAUGGCAAUCCAGAUCGGACACCCGCACAUUCCCGUGAUCUGCUGUGCGCUGGCAAUCUCUGCUGCGAUGGCGCUCCCGUUCUCGUCCUUCCCGAACAUCAACUCACUCUUGGUUCUGGACGACCACGGCCAGCCGUAUCUGGAGGUGAAAGACUUUCUGCGUGUUGGUGUGACGUUCUCCCUCGUAACAAUGGCGUUGAUUGUCACGCUGGGCUACGGUCUCAUCGUGCUUGUGCUCGGGUACAACAUCGAUCCGACGCCAAUUAUGGUGGGAGUAUAG